AUGCGAUUUUUCUAUCGCCUAGGAGCGCUCAGCAGUGGAUACCCCGUAGUCACAGUGCUGCUAGCAGUGGUUUGUAGUGCCAUAUUGUGUCUUGGAGCUCUGAAAAUCAAGCUGAAGACUAAUCCACAGGGACUUUGGGUCCCUCCUAACAGCGUUGCCAUCAAGGAACAAAAGCUUUUCAAUCAGCUUUUCGGACCAUUUUUUCGCAUCCAGCAGCUUUUAUUCUUUGUUGAAAGUGAUACAGAUCCAAACUCCAACUCAAAAUUGAGUGAAUCUUUGACGUGUGAUGCUAAUCAUGAUUUAGUCCAACGAGAAUUCUUACUCCAGAUGGCUAAAGUGCAGACCGAAAUCACAAAUGCUGUCAUUUAUAGCCAAGACGAAUCAAACGUGACACUCUCUCUACAAGACUUUUGCUACCGACCAAUUAAGGGAAAAGGGUGUUUAGUUACAAGUCCGUUUCAGUACUGGCUGACAAAUGCUACUUUACUACAAAAUGAUCCAGAUAUUAAGCUCACGACUGCGUGUCAGACUACAGAUCCCGAACUUCAAAAUCGAUCGCCUUGUAUGGAUCAAAACGGAGUGCCAGUGAUGAGGAAUGUAGUCUUUGGGGGUCUGUCAAGAGAUAAUUGUCACGAAAAUCCAGACCCGUGUGGAGAAGCUACACCUCAAGCUAAGGCCUUAAUAGUCACAUUCUUAUUAAAUAACAAUCCAGAAAAUGAGACAUAUACGCAAUAUGCUGAACGCUGGGAGAAGGAGGUAUUCCUAAAGAUUGCUGAACAAGCUGCUGAAUCAUUACAUCCUUCGAUAGCGAGUUGGAAUGAUGAAUUUAUCUGGGAUAGUGUAGUGGAUCAAGAGUUGGCGAAGGUUGGUGUUGACGGUAUGAGACUCACGUAUAUGGCUGAACGGUCCAUUGCAGAUUCAUUGAAAGUGCAGACACAACAAAAUGCGUUUAUUGUGGCGGUCAGCUACAUCGUCAUGUUUUUGUACGUGUCGGCAUCGCUAGGAAUAUUCCUAGACCCGGUGCGAUCACGAUUUGGACUUGGAUUGACAGGCAUUUUGAUCGUGAUACUAUCAUUGAUUGCUGCUAUGGGUACAAGCUGUGUAUUUUUAAAUAUGGAAGUAACAAUGAUCACGUUGGAGGUUGUGCCAUUUUUGAUCCUCGCCAUUGGUGUGGACAAUAUUUUUAUUCUGACCAACGAAUUUGACCGAUUGGCAAGUUUGCAUGGACUUUUUACGAUUGAUACCAAGCGCGACACACACAAUCGAAUCGAAAAUGAGCGGAUAAUGCUCAAGCAAAUGAUGGGAGAAACUAUGCUGAACGUUGGGCCAUCAAUUGUUGUAGCGGCUGUUGCCGAAAGUUUAGCUUUUUUAAUGGGAGCAUUCACUCGUAUUCCAGCUCUCGUGAGUUUCUGCACUGUCGCUGCAUUAGCCGUUGUCGUUAAUCUUUUCCUUCAGCUAACUUGGUUUGCCUCAGCACUUGUGCUGGAUGCACGUCGUGUGCGUGCUCGGCGGUAUGAUUUGUUUCCGUGGGUGAAACAGAAAGUCAUACUCAAACCACCAAUAAGUCAUAAGCGAAGAGCUAGUGUAAGAAACGACGUUCAGUACGAUUUGCUCCACGAGAAGGUUGGUGGAGAAACAGCGUCGGAAAACGUUCGGACCAUUGGUGUGAUUCAACGAUUUGUUGAAAAGAACUAUAUUCCCUUUAUACUGCGUCGAUCUACGAAAAUCUUAGUACUUAUUACAGCAUUGACAAGCCUGACGCUUAGUGCUAUCGGGUCGUUUGAGUUGCCUCUAGGACUUGAGCAAGAACUUGCUGUGCCGGUGGACUUUUACCUACACGAGUACUUCAAGCAACAGACAGCACUUGGUGAGGCUGGCCCUCCAGCUUAUGUUGUUCUAGACGGCGAUGUUGACUAUACGGAUGCGCAAGUGCAUCAAGAGAUUAAUGCUCUUUUGGACAAGCUGUCGGAACUUCAGCAGUACGUCGAACUGCCAAUUUAUUCGUGGAUACACACGUUUAAUCAGUGGCGCCAAAUGCGCUUCUUUCUUCACGACAAAAUAAUUCAAGGUCUGUGUGACUGCCCGGUUCAGCCAUUGGAUCCAUUUGCGUACGAAUUGGUUAUCAAUGAGUCUAUUGAAUUGAGCGCUACAUCGAAUUAUUCCAUUUACGAAGAUGGAUUUCUAUCAGCCGCAAAUGUGACUCCUAACGCGCUGUUCUACCCAUUGGUGAAAAUUUUUACAAAUAUAGCUAUCGAUUCGACAUGUUGCCAGCAUUUCGGACUCUGUGGUGCUCAGUAUGAAGAUGAUAUCAUCUUCGGCGAUUCGAAACUCUAUGAGAAUUCCGAAAUGGGUAACAUUUCAAUUCUUGGUUCUCGAAUGCGCUUUCAAUUAAAAGCUCUUCGCAAUCAGUCGAUUUAUAUAAAUUCGUACUACUACCUGCACGAUGUGACAAGUCAAUGGAGCGCUAAUAAAGCUGCAACUGCGUUUCCAUAUGCUCUAGUCUUCGUCUUCGAGGAGCAAUACACUUAUAUCCAAGGAGUGGCACUGCAAAGUGUACUGCUAGCUUUAGCUGUUGUCUCGGGUACAGUUUUUGUUCUCAUGGAUGGAUCUUUGCGAUUGACUAUAAUCGUUUCUUUAUGUGUGCUCUCGAUGGCAUUUUCGCAAUUGGGCCUCUUGUUCGUUUGGAAUUUAAUCGCUGGACGAGAUGCUAUGACCUCGAUAAAUGCUGUAUCUGUAGUAAAUCUAAUCGCUUGCUUUGGACUUGGUGUGGAAUUCUGUGUCCAUAUGGCCCAUCAGUUUUCCAGUUCAAAGAAACAUCGACUAGGAACGACCGGAAAUGACCAUACUCGUAAUGCUUUAACGAGUGUGGGUGCUUCCGUCUUCUCCGGUAUCACGCUUACCAAACUUUGUGGCAUUGGCGUGCUCGCGUUUGCACCGUCCAUGCUGUUUCGUGUGUACUUCUUCCGAAUGUACUUGGGCAUUGUAGUGUCUGGCUGUUUUCAUGGUCUUGUGUUACUACCUGUGCUUCUUAGUCUGGUUGGUCAACCGCAAACUUAUCCGAAUGAUCUCAGCUCUUUUCUGCUAUCCGAAGAGCGCGAUGACGAGUUUGAGGACGAAUUGAAAGCAUUUUAA